AUGGUAAACGUGGAGGGCAUUUCGGUCAACAGAUACGGUGCCGGUUUCGGAACGAGUAAAAUUACCGAAACCUCCGUGGGUUGGGUUUUGAAACAGUGCGAAAGGGAGGGUAUAUUUGUCCGUUUCGGAAACACGAAAACCGCGGCGAAAAAGGUUGACAAGGAGAAGGGUCGAUUUGGAGGUCGCCUCCAAUGGCUGAAUCUGGUUCUUCACCCACCAAUCAAUUCACAUGCGAUAGACGAGACGAAGGAUGAGAAAACUAAAAAGGACGCCCAAAUGAGACGACGCGAGUUCGAGGAACAAACCUUAGAUCUCGAUGUGCCGGAGAGUUUAGGGGGCGUCGGCUGCCUGCCUGAAUCCUCGGAGCGGCCGCUGAAGGAGGUGGCGCCGCUCCACGAGAGCGGCGUGGUGGGGCUGCCUCUGUGGCUGUGCGCCGGUUUCUUCGGAUUAUGUCAGCGGUUCGAGUCCGCUUAUCCCGAACUGAUGGACUUAGCCGAUACAAAGUUAUAUGAUACCUUGGUGACAUGGAGUUUGCGUGUCGCAAAAAAUAAAUACGUGGACGACUACCGCAAUAGUUGGCCGAGCACAAUAAGUCGAAUCGGCAAGGAAGAAACGAGCAUGAUCGAGCACAACAGAUAUCAACAAGAUUUGAGUAUUAGGACCAAGCAACCGGGGGGACACGGCCACCAACCCCCACCAUGGAGAUUCCCGAGCUCGAGGGCUCGAGAUUGA